GCACUGACCUGUGACCCAGUUACUAGGCUGCAGGAAACUGGAAAUCAACAGAAAAGCAGCUUGGAAUCACAGUUUCAUAGUGCACCAUCAGCAAGGAGCAGCGAAGAGUUGUGGAAUCUGAAGAUUCUGAUAUGGGUUUGUUGCCAUUGGGCCUUGGAGCCCUGGGAGCAGCAAUCACCAGUGUGCUUCUGGCAAACACUGAUCUCCUGCUAUCCCAAGCUGACACUACAACACUGACGUACUUGUCAGGGGCUACACUGAGAACAUUGGACCAAGAGGAAAAGAGAUUUGAGGCAGGAGAGCUGUGGAUGCAGACUGGUGCAGUCAUCAUGGCAGUGCGGAGACCUGGAUGAUUCUUGUGCCGAGAGGAGGCCACCGAAAUCUCCUCUCUAAAACCCCAGCUUGACGAGUUAGGGGUCCCUCUGUAUGGAGUCGUCAAAGAAGAUAUCAAUAAUGAAUUAAAGAACUUCCAACCCUUUUUCAAAGGCGAGAUAUUUCUAGAUGAAGAGAAACGCUUUUAUGGGCCAAACAAACGCAGCAUGGGACUCCUUGGCCUUUUACGUCUGGGUGUUUGGAGGAAUUUUUUGCGAGCCUGGCGAAAGGGAUUCGGUGGAAAUACAGAUGGAGAAGGAUUCAUCCUUGGAGGAGUAUUUGUUUUAGGAGCUGGAGAUCAGGGAGUCCUCCUGGAGCACCAGGAGAAGGAGUUUGGUGAUGCUGUUGAUAUCCGCUCUGUCCUUGAAGCAGCCAGGAAGGUCAGGCCUCUGAGAAACACCGAUAAAUAGACUACCAGCAACUGAAAAUCAACAGGAAAUGCCACAGUGAAACUGCUGUUCAGUAUCAAGUAAUUCUUGCAUAGAACUGGAUCCCCAACCACUGCUUCACUGAUCCCUCUGCCUCUGUCCCUUCCAAGCUCCGUCCCUACCAAACCCUCUCCCUCCACCCUUCCAAACUCUGUGCACCCUCCAAACCCUGCCCCCUUCCAAAUGCUCUCCUUCUGCCUCUUCAAACCCUGCCUCUCUGUUCCCUUCAAAUCUUGUCCCUCCGGCCCCUCUGAACUCUGGUCCCUCCAAACCCUCUCCUUCUGCCUUCUCAAAACUCUUUGCCUUUUCCCACUUCCAAACUGUAUUCCUAACUCCCUAGAAUUCUUCCUCCAGUGCCACCCUACAUGAACCCUGCCUCUCUGCCUCCCGAACUUAGCUAUCUAGCCCCAAGAGCUCUGCCCUUCACCCUGUGUUUCUUGGGGCUGCUGAGUGUUAUUGCCCUGCACUGUAUUAAUGAGGGUCUGAUCCUAAAUCCAUCGGUUCAUGACCUGAUAUUUACAGAGUGGGUCAGGAGUGAAUUUCUGGCACUGAAUUGAAGUGGAAACUGUUCUGUAACCUGAACCUAAUCACAAUAAAAGAAUGUUGUUAUUAAUUUCAA